GGAGCUGGGAGCUAAAAUGGCGGCCGCCGAUGGAGAUGACUCGCUGUACCCUAUUGCGGUGCUGAUCGACGAGCUGCGCAACGAGGACGUCCAGCUGCGUCUCAACAGCAUCAAGAAACUCUCCACCAUCGCUUUGGCCCUCGGCGUGGAGAGGACCCGCAGCGAGCUCCUGCCUUUCCUCACAGACACGAUUUACGAUGAGGACGAGGUGCUGCUGGCUCUGGCUGAACAGCUGGGGACCUUCACCGCUCUGGUUGGGGGACCCGAAUAUGUGCACUGCUUAUUGCCCCCCCUGGAGAGCCUGGCGACGGUGGAGGAGACGGUGGUCCGAGACAAGGCGGUGGAGUCGCUGCGCGCCAUCUCCCACGAGCACUCGCCCUCGGACCUGGAGGGACACUUCGUGCCCCUGGUGAAGCGCCUGGCGGGGGGCGACUGGUUCACCUCCCGCACCUCGGCCUGUGGCCUCUUCAGCGUCUGCUACCCUCGCGUGUCCAGCUCGGUCAAGGCAGAGCUCCGGCAGUACUUCCGGAACCUGUGCUCUGACGACACCCCCAUGGUGAGGCGGGCGGCAGCCUCCAAGCUGGGCGAGUUCGCAAAGGUCCUGGAGCUGGAGCAUGUGAAGGGCGAGAUUAUCCCCAUGUUCUCCAACCUGGCCUCCGACGAGCAGGACUCGGUGCGCUUGCUGGCCGUGGAGGCUUGCGUCAAUAUCGCUCAGCUCCUGCCCCAGGAGGACCUGGAGUCCUUAGUGAUGCCCACGCUACGGCAAGCGGCCGAGGACAAAUCAUGGCGGGUCCGGUACAUGGUGGCUGAUAAGUUCACAGAGCUCCAGAAAGCCGUAGGGCCUGAAAUCACCAAGACCGACCUGGUGCCGGCUUUCCAGAACCUGAUGAAGGACUGCGAGGCCGAGGUGCGGGCUGCUGCCUCCCACAAGGUCAAAGAGUUCUGCGAGAACCUGUCGGCCGACUGCCGUGAGAACGUCAUCAUGACCCAGAUACUGCCCUGCAUCAAGGAGCUGGUGUCAGACGCCAAUCAGCACGUCAAGUCGGCGCUGGCCUCCGUCAUCAUGGGGCUGUCACCCAUCCUGGGCAAGGACAACACCAUCGAGCACCUGCUGCCGCUCUUCCUGGCCCAGCUCAAGGACGAGUGCCCUGAGGUUCGGCUCAACAUCAUCUCGAACCUGGACUGCGUCAACGAGGUGAUCGGCAUCCGGCAGCUGUCGCAGUCGCUGCUGCCGGCCAUCGUGGAGUUGGCCGAGGAUGCCAAGUGGCGCGUCAGGCUGGCCAUCAUCGAGUACAUGCCCCUGCUGGCUGGGCAGCUGGGAGUGGAGUUCUUUGACGAGAAGCUGAAUUCCCUGUGCAUGGCUUGGCUGGUGGAUCAUGUCUACGCCAUCCGGGAGGCAGCCACCAGCAACCUGAAGAAACUGGUGGAGAAAUUCGGCAAAGACUGGGCCCACGCCACCAUCAUCCCUAAAGUGCUGGCCAUGUCUAACGACCCCAACUACCUGCACCGCAUGACCACGCUCUUCUGCAUCAAUGUGCUUUCGGAGGUGUGCGGGCAGGAGAUCACCACCAAACACAUGCUGCCCACUGUGCUGCGCAUGGCGGGCGAUGCCGUGGCCAACGUCCGCUUCAACGUGGCCAAGUCCCUGCAGAAAAUAGGACCAAUCCUGGACAACAGCACCCUGCAGAACGAGGUGAAGCCCGUGCUGGAGAAGCUCACGCAGGACCAGGACGUUGACGUCAAAUACUUCGCACAGGAGGCCCUGACCGUGCUGGCGCUGGCCUGACCCCGAGGAUGUGCCCUGUCGUCUCCCUAACCUCCAGCCGCCGUCGGCCCCUCGCUCCCCGGCCCCUCCCCAAGCCUCUGUGCAUGUGUGUGAACCCCUGUUGUGUGGGGGUGCCCGACGGCCCAAUACAGACACCCCCCCAUAUUCCGAUCAGCCCCCUGCUCGCCAGGGCAUCACUGCCCUUCCCCCCUCCAACAGUUCAUCUCCCGCCUGGUCACUCACCAGGGGUGCAGCACUCAGCCCCCCAGUAUUCCCCCCCACUCAAACACUGCAGUUUGGGGGGCUGCUCGUUGCUCCCUGAGUCCCCCAUCCCUGCGCUGCCUCUCCCUCUGGAUGGCUCGUUGCAUCCCUUCUCAGCAGCUUCGCCCCUCCAGUCCCUGCCCACCAUGUGAUCUGAGUGUGAGGGGCACAGGAGGAGAUGGGGGUGGGGAGGGGAAUUGGGGCAGGGCUGCUUUCAGCUGGUUUUAUGGAAGGCUCUGUCCCUAGCUGGCGGCAGCUUGUACUAUUCCACAGCCACCCGCGUCCCUGCUCUCCUCCGUCUGUUUUCUCACUCUCCCCUCCGCUGAAAUCCGCCUCGUUCUCCUCUUCCCCUGCAGCAUUAAACGCCCUCUAGACUCAGCCUUGCCAUCCUAGGCCCCCUUCCCUCCCAGAGAGCCCCCCAUAGCUCUGAGGGGGGGUUAGUAAAUAGUGCUCGCCCCCCAAAAUCAAAACCCCGAACCGCCUCUCCCCCGGGGCAAGUUGUAAGCAGAGAAGAGACCAAACCUCCCUGUGGAAACAGGUUUCUUUAAGGUCAGUUUUGGCGCUGGUCAGUUUCACGCUGGAGGGGCGGGGGUCUCCUUUGUCAGUUUCACCUCUGGGCAGGUUCAUGCUGGCAGGCGUCCGCCUGAUGCCAGCCUUAGGGAGGCUGCAAACGCUUCUCAGCCGUGGGGCAAAGGGCUUUCAAAUCCAAAUGCUGGAGCCUGAAACCCCCUGGGGCGAUCUCUCCAGGGCGUGAGAUGCUGAUUAGAACAUGGGGCGGGGGGGGGGGGCGUGUAGCAGCAGGUCAGCCGACAUUCUCAAAUCCUCUCUGCUCAUCAACCCUCACAAGGGUCUGAGCCCCCUUCCCCAGCCCCCAUGGGGAGCUGGGUUGGGAGAAUUGAGCUGGGAUUUUACAGGCAACGUUUGGGGUGGGGGAGGGGUCAUGACCAUGAUCUGGGUCAUGGGGGGAUAAAAUCUGCUCAGAGUUACCCCCGCUGAGAGGCCAUGGGGUGAAGGAAAAGCCCCCACCCUUCAGGUGACUGGGCAGGAAUUGGAUCAGGAUUUCCCCUGGGUUCUAGCCCCAUGGCCGUCAGUCCUACUAAGUUCUCUGGGGUUGUGCCCCUCACCUGGAAGGGGCGGGGCAUCACAGAGCUGUCUAGUGGGGAAAUGGGAUGGUCUCUUAAAGUCAAGGGGCGUUUGACCCCUCACACUCACCACGCAAACACCUGUGCCCCAGCGUGACCCUUCCCUUCGCUGCUGCCCUGGUGGUCAUGCACUGAGCUAAUACAAGGUGAUCCCUACCCCCCCACCCUUUAACACAAGUCCCACCGUCCCCCCUCCUCCUCCACACCGUAAGUGAAAUGUCACUUUCAAGCUAAUGGGUUUUUUUGUGAAAACUUGUUUUAUUAUUUUUUCUUCUUCUCCAUGAUUAAUAAAAUGCUCGAUCG